AUGAGCCCAGCGGCGGCGGCAGCAGCGGGGACCUCCGGCCGCCUCACGCUGCUCCUGCCCCGGGUCCUGUCCCCGGUCCUGCCCCGGGUCCUGCCCGGGCUCGGGUCCGGGCUCGGGUCCUGCAGGAGUGUGAACCUGCAGGCGGCGGCCCCGGAGCGCGCGGUGAAGCUGAAGAGUUUGGAGGAUUUAUCUGGACCGAGUCUGGUCCAGACUCUGUACUGGCUCCUGGUCAAAGGGUUUGGAGACAAAAGCCACUUGCUGCAGGAUUUCCAGAAAAAACGUUACGGUCCGAUUUGGCGUUCUCGGUUCGGACCUUUUGAGUUCGUGAACGUGGCGUCGGCCGAGCUCAUCUCUCAGGUGAUCAGGCAGGAGGGGCGGUACCCUGUCAGAGUGCACCUGCCGCACUGGAAAGAAUACAGAGACCUGAGAGGACAAGCCUACGGACUCCACGUGGACACCGGUGAGAACUGGUACCGCAUCCGCAGCGUCCUGAACCAGAAGAUGCUGAAGCCGGCGGAGGCGCGGGCCUACGCUCCCGUCAUCCACCAGGUCGUCGACGAUCUGCUGCACCGAGUCCAGGUCCUGCGCCAGACCAGCCCGGACCGGACCACCGUGCCCGACAUCGCCUCCGAGCUCUACAAGUUUGGGUUCGAAGGAGUGUCGGCGAUCCUGUUUGAGACUCGUCUGGGGUGUCUUCAGGAGGACGUUCCCCAGGACACGCUGCGUUUCAUUCGCGCCGUCAACACGAUGUUCCUUAUGUCUGACGCGGUUUCCAUAGCGCCGCGCUGGACCCGCCGCUUCCUGCCGCACUGGGAGCGCUUCGUCCGGGCCUGGGACGACCUCUCCGACGUCGCUCAGAGGCUGGUCCUGCGCAGGAUGUCGGAGCUGGAGCGGCGCGUGGACAGCGGCUCGUCGGUGGACGGUCUGUACCUGACCUACCUCCUGAAGAACGACAAACUGACCCACGCCGAGAUCUUCACCACCAUCACAGAACUGCUGCUGGGAGGAGUCGACACGACGUCCAACACUCUGACGUGGGCUUUGUACCAUCUGUCCCGGGACCAGCGAGCUCAGGAUCUUCUGUCACAGGAAGUGCAGCAGGUGUGUCCCGACCUGAAACCGCCCUCCAUGGACGAUUUAAACCAGAUGCCCUACCUGAAGGCCGUCAUCAAGGAGACGCUGAGGUUGUAUCCAGUGGUGCCGGGAAACGCCAGAUACGUGACCGAGAAUGACCUGAUCGUGGGAGAAUACUGGUUUCCUAAAGGGACUAACUUCCACCUGUGUCAUUACUCCGUGUGCCACAACGAGGACGAGUUCCCGGAGCCCGAGCGUUUCCUCCCGGAGCGGUGGCUGCGUCCGGGCGUGAGGACGGACGGCGCCCACAGCCGCUCGCUGCCGUCGCUGCAGAAGCACCACCCCUACAGCUACAUCCCGUUCGGCGUCGGCGUGAGAGCCUGUGUCGGGAAACGAGUCGCCGAGAUGGAGAUGUACAUCGCUCUGUCCAGGUUGAUGCAGCAGUACGAGGUUCGUCCUGAAGAUGGCGCUCCGGUGAUCGAAGCCAAAACCCGGAUCCUGAUGAUUCCAGGGGCCCCAGUGAACCUGCGCUUCCUGCCCCGGGCCUGAAGAGGGCGCUGCUCACCACAGAGAAAACUAUAUCCACUCACCACAGAGAAAAUAUAUCCACUCUCACAUGAUCCUCAAACAACCUUUUAAAUCAUUUGUAACUAAUAAUUAAUAAUCAACUAAAAACAACACCGGAUGAUUUUGAUUCUAUUUCCAAUAUUUAGUUUAAAGUUAAUUUCAAAUAACUUCAAAAAACAGUCUCUGUGCCUGUUUUAAUUUAGAUAUUUUAUUCUCUCUGGAUUAUUUGACCCAGAAGUUCUGCUGCAGUGUCGACCAGGGAUUUAUAAUAAAAAAUAUUUUUAUUAUAGUUCUACAGAGUCGACUGAUCAAGGGAGAGUUUCUCGCUGCUUCCUGUUUCUUGUCAAACAUGAAAAUAAACACGUCGCUAUAAUUCAGGGAGUCAAACUCAAACUGACAGAGGCCAAAAUUGAAAACAGGGACUAAGUCUUGGGCCAAACUAAAUAUUUAUUGAAAAAUUUCAAUGACAUCUGCAUGUUUUCUCUUCUUUCGAGAUAUGUAAUAUUAAACCUUUUCUUAUUUAAAUAAAUGUUUAAUAAUAGUUUUGCUUAAACACUGAAUCCAGAACAAGCAAAAUAUAAAAUAAUGUUAAAUAAAUAUUUUAUCUAUGAGCGGCAGCAGCUCUAAUACAGAUUUAAUAUGAUCUUGCGGCCAAUUAAAUUAUAUCACAGACUAAAUUUGGCCCCUGGGCCUGAGUUUGACAUGUCUGAUAUAAAAGAAGAGACAAGUUUGUCCACAAAACUGCAAUGAUUUUUUAGGUUAGUCUUC